GCGCUACUGUCCCUUUAAGAGAUGAUGUAAUCGGUUAAGUUUGUUUUAGCUCUCCAGCUGAUCAGCCCGAAGCCGAAACACCGAGCAGACAAGAGACACUCGGAGGAUGGAGUUUUUCAUAGGAAACCCUUUUUCUACACCCGUGGGUCAACUUAUCGAACAUGCCACCAGUUCUUCUCUCCCGUCAGAAGACUGGGGACUCAACAUGGAGAUCUGUGACAUUGUCAAUGAAACAGUUGAAGGACCUAAAGAUGCAGUCAGGGCAAUAAAGAAGAGGAUUCUGGGAAAUAAGAAUUUCAAAGAGGUCAUGCUGGCUUUGAGUGUGUUGGAGGCCUGUGUGAAGAACUGCGGGCACAAAUUCCACAUCUACGUGUCCACCAGAGACUUUGUGGAGAACGUUUUGGUCCAAACGAUCCUGCCUAAAAACAACGCACCAGUGGUUCUUCAGGACAGAGUCUUGAGCAUGAUACAGGCGUGGUCCGAUGCCUUCCGUAGUUCUCCAGAUUUGACAGGGGUUGUAACCGUGUACGAGGAUCUCAGGAGAAAAGGCCUGGAGUUUCCCAUGACUGAACUGAAUGGUUAUUCCCCUAUUCACACUCCAAACAGGACCGUGGGAUCCGUGUCUCCGGUAACAGCAUGUACAGAAAGUCACUCCGUCACAUCCUCACAGCCACAGAAUACAGAGACGCCCGUCACGCUGUCACCUCAACAGAUGAAGACUUUGAAGGCCGAACUGGAGGUGGUGCGUAAUAAUAUAUCUGUGAUGUCAGACAUGAUGAGUCAGAUGGAGCCUGGAAGUCUUGAGCCGUCGGACACGGAGGUGCUACAGCAGCUGUACUCCAUGAGCAAGGACAUGCAGGGCCGGAUGGUGGAGCUCAUACCCCGACUGACAGAGGAGAAGCUCAUAGAGCAGUUACUCACUGCCAAUGAUGACAUUAACACCACGUUUGCACAAUAUCACAGAUUUGAAAGGCAUCUCAACAGACAGAGCAGUACACAGUCUAAUCCAGCUAAUGCAAACCUCAUUGACUUUGGUACUUCCAACCAAUCAAAGGCAACAAAUGGUGCUCACAGUGCAAUCAGCCAAUCAACAGUCCCCACACUAUCCAAUCAGAUGGCAGGACUGAGCACAAAAGGAGAUGACCUAAAAGUAAAUAAAAGCAGCUCAUUACAAAAAAGUCCAGAAAGCUGUGCAGCUCUUGAGGGACUGGCAGCCACACAAAGAGAGCGACAGGACACUGGAGCGGAUGACAGCCUAGACUCCACCUCCCUCGGCAGCUCGCCUCAGUUUCAUUGGAUGCUUGAAAAGGGAAUGAUCCCUAUCAGUCAGAGUGAAGUGAUGGAUGACAUUGAACAGUGGCUUGACGUGGACGAUGAAGAUGACUCUGAGGGAGUGACCAGUGAAGAGUUCGAUAAGUUCCUAGCGGAAAGGGCAAAAGCAGCCGAACGUCUUCCUUCAGUCAAAGCGUCACACAAAGACCCUGGCCAUUCACAGCUGUAGUUCUCUACAUAAACCUGUUCAUAUUUUCCAACAUCUGUAUUUCAGUUAAUAACCAUGUGCUCACUGUUCAGUUUGUUUAUAGUAUUUUUCUAACCAUGUUAUAUCUUGAUCAAACUUUGUAAAACUAAACUUUAGGUGUGGGUUUUGUCGAUGUUCCAUAUUACAUUAAUUUUGAUUUUGCGGAUACCACCUUAUGAAAUAUUUUUAUGACUAGACACUCCUUUCUUCAGUACAGUCUGUUGAAGAGGUACGUUUCUUUAAUCUUUUAAUGGAGAAGGUAUCCAUGAAGAACUUUAUUGAUCUUUAUUAAAGAUCUUGAUUGUUGAGGUUAAAGCUGUUGUAUGUAAAUACACUAAAUAUGUAAUAUUAGUCUGUUUUGAAGGAGGUGAAUUUUACAGAAGUUUGUAGGUUAAGAUUCUUACAAUGAAUGUGAUUUGCGUCUGCAGGCUGCUGUAUGUCUCUAGUAUAUGUGUUAUAAUCUAUGUACAACCUUAUACAGUUCAUAUUAGGGGUUAUGUUAAAAUAUAUUCAAUAAAAUUAAGGUUAUUUUGAAA